AUGCUACAAAAAAUCUUUGACUUGCUGCACUCCCACUCUAGGUUCAAUCGGCAGAGUUUUCCUGAAAUCGAGCAGCACAUUGAAGCUGUAUGGAGUGACCGAGUGGCCAAAGAACCGUGGCUCUUCAAUGGAGCUAAAUUCAGAUUGCAUUCAGCGGUGCUGUCCGUCAUGGAAAAAGGACCCGUGGCAGAACAGGCCGCCCAAAACCUUACACAGCCACAACGUGGUGAAGGAGACCAAUUAGAAAGUGCUGAUAAAUCCUCCGACAGAUUGGCCAAAGAUGAGCAGUCGUGUGUGCUCACAUUACAGUUAGGCCUGACCUGUUAUAAAGACUAUCUCGGGACUAACUGGUCACGAGAGGCGGGUAGGCUGCAGAGUCACGGACAGAACGAAUGCGCAGAUCCGCAGGCCUUCCUCGCUCAGCCGCUGGGGGUCGGUGCUGUCAUGUCCACGGCGGACGGAGACGUCGUCCUGCUGAGGAGAAGCCAGAAAGUGGCAGAGGCUGCAGGCCUGUUAGACAUACCUGGAGGUCAUCCUGAGCCAAAGAUGUUGUGUCCAGGGGUCAGUGAGGAGGCCAUAUGUGCUGAUCUCCUGCAGGGUAAAGAGAGAGCCGUUGUUUCAGAGAUCUUCUCCUCGGUGUGUGCAGAGAUCAGUGAUGAGGUGAACGUUCCCGUCAGUUCUCUGAGCAAACCGGUGUUUAUGGGAAUUGCGCUGAACCACACUAGUGCAGGACGACCCAGUGCCGAGUUUUAUGUCCGAUGCACUUUGACAACAGAGGAAGUGAGAGAUUUCUACAGACAUGGAGGUCCAGAGGCACAUGAGUCCACUGAAAUACUGUUUCUGAGUCGAGCGAAAAUGUUCCAAUUAAACGAGCGCUCCCCCCUGUGGUCAGAGAUGUGUCCUUCAGCGAAGGGUGCAGUACUGCUGUAUCAGAGGGUGAUGCCCGAUUGCUGAAUUUAAUCAGAUACUCAACCGCCUCUGAAUAGUUGCACAAGCAGGUCUUAUAAACAGGAGUAAUUACACCAUUUAAAGUAACCGUUCACCCAGAUAUGAACAUUUGCUGACGAUGUGCUCACCCUCAGAUCAUCCAAGAUAUAGAUGAGUUUCUUCAUCAGAUUUGGAGAAAUG